AUGGUAGGCGAUUCAAACUUAACUUCUUCGAUUGAAGUCGCUUUGGACGAUAUCAAAGAAUUUAAUUUAGGAAAAGAAGGCAAACAAUGGCAAGAAGGCAUGGAACUACCUGCUCAGCCAACCAUUGUAUCAACGCCAGCCGUUAUCGUAUUAAGUUCUCCAGAUGGAACUGAAGCUUUGAAAGCUGAGAUGACUCCUAACCAAGAUGAACUCUAA